UUAAGUACGUAAAACCGGUCAGCGCUGGUUUGAUGAACUGAAUCUGCUGCUGUUAACAGCUGCCAGCCGCUAUUCACCCCAACCACCGAGAGGGGGCCAGCGGAACCUUUGUUCCGCACACGGAGGGGAGGACAAAGACAGAUGCAAAGCCGGUUGGCUACCGGAAGUAGAACGUUUCUGUCACGAAUGUAUGAAAAGAUGCACAUGGAGCCUCCUUACCGGGCAAUAAUCGUGGCAUUGCGAGGAUAGAUUUCUACCAUCUAUGCAACUACUCUAAACGAAAUGUAACUUAUUGCAAGCUGUUUGGGAGGUGAACCAAGCUGCAGUGACAUGGUAAUGUUCAGUGAACAGUACCUGGCAGCCGUGGACCCACAGAGCAGCGACUGUUUGCCGAUGAGUGGUGAAGACACUGGUUUGGAGGCUUUGGCCUCACCGCAGGCGGGGUAUUUAGGAAAAGUUCAAGAAAGAGCCUCCUCAUUGGAUCAUUGUCCUUGGUGUUCUGCUAAAGGCCUCACCUUUUCUUUGCGUUCGUAUCGCAUCAACCUCCAGGAGUCCAUCACCCUCUGCACAAACUCCCAGUGCCUUUUCCCGCUUGUCACCCGACCCCUGGAGGAUAUUUUGUCUACAUUAGAUUUGACAAAGUCAAAUGUUGAGAACAAAAGAAAAAACAAUUUUGCACUUGAAAACGAAGAGCUUGUAAAGUUGCCAGUCAAACGCCAGCGGACAAGCAAAGACGCUGAUGUUGAACAUCAGAGUGGGAUUCAGACAGAUCAUGAUGUUGGAAGUCCCAUCAGAAAUGACAUUCAUCAACCUUUUGAAGAGGAUGGCAAAAGCCAGAAGGUUUCUAUAGAUGCAGAGACAGUGGAAUCCAAUUCCUUACCUGAUCAGGAUGUACCGGAGAGCAGUGAAACCUGGACAGAUGAUUGUGCCUUGGAGGAACUGCCAUCAAAGUCUUUGGUGGCCACUGUUGAAAACGAGGCUUCAAUCCCUCCUCACCUCGGUUCUCUUGAUAUACCUGAUAAGAGGAUACCUACUCUGGACACUUUCAACGAUCCGGACUUGUGUUCUAUGGAAGUCGAUGUACCAUUGUCUCCGACAUUGAAGGCUGAAGAGAACUCACCGAAUGCAGAUAUCAUCCUGUGUAAAGACAGUAAAAGCUCCAAACCAGAGAGUGAGGAUUUGCAAAAGUCCAACAAGCGUGUUUCUGUUCCUAAGCGGCUUUUCUGGAGCAAUAGAGACAAUCUGUGUUGGCUGGACUCCCUGAUGGUCGCUCUCGUGAACUGCAAGAGCUUGAGAAAAAGUAAGCCCAAAGAAGAGCCUCAGCACUCGUCAGUGUGGCAGUUGAUGACAAAAUACGACGACAUUUGUACUUCCAUCAAAAUGCACCAACAGACUGACAAAGAUGGUCUCGCUUGGGUGCCGAGUCAUGUUCUGCAUCGGGCCAACUCAGACCUGGAAAGUCUCAGGAAGUCGCUCUUUAGAGAACUGCAGCCCAAGCUGCACUGCAAACUGGGUCAGAGGGAAACUCCGGUGUUUGCCAUGCCACUUCUGCUCACAAUGGACUCGUGGGCGGAGCCUCUUUUCCAGCUAACCUUUCUCUGGGAGUUCCAAUGCAGGGAAUGCAAAGCUACUUCCAAAGAGAGGGUUAUUACGAAAACUCUCACCACGUUUACAAAGGUCGUGUCAGAUUGGCAUCCACAGCAUGCAGUUCAUUUCUCUCCAUGUAAUUCAUGCAGCAAGCCCAAUCAGAUGAGAACGAUGAGGCUGGAAAGGGUGCCGGAAGUGUUUGCACUGCACUUUGUGGAGGGCCUUCCUCAAAAUGAUGUGAAGCUGUACUCAUUCAGCUUCGAUGGGAAGCAGUAUUCUAUAACCACCGUCAUACAAUAUGACCAACAACUUCAGCACUUCGUCACCUGGACUCGUAAACGCGAUGGAUCCUGGCUGGAAUAUGACGAUCUAAAGCACCCAGAAUGCAAAAUCCAUCAGGAGCUUCCGGUUCCCACUCCCGAGAUGCAUGUCGUCUUCUGGGAGGAAGAGCUUGAAGAGCCUUCUGUUUGUUCUCCUUCCUCCACAUUUGUUCAAUCUCCCCCUCCUGAAAGCAUCCCCUGUUUGAUGGACGGAGACAUGGACAUGGAUGUGGAUGUGGACGUGGACGGCCUGGUGUAUCACAAUGACACUGACAUCGUCUGUGCACUCGCAGAAGAAGAAGAAGAGACCCCAUCUGCGGCCAAUCCUGACGCUUCAAUAGGUGUCACGACGCUCCUCGAUGCGUUUGAGGGUCUUAACCACAACGACAUCGUCACACUUACACUGGUGGAAUUGAAAACAGAUUGUGAAACGCAUUUAAACGAUAACGAACAAGCUCAAGACUUUAGAGUGUCUUCUAGGGAAGAGAAGUUCCCAUCUUCACCUGACAGUUCAUCCCCUACAACAAUUAAUGUGUGUCAAAGUGCUGAACCUCCAGCCACAGCCAGCUCAUCUGGUUCUGAGGACGAUGUAGAUAUUGAUCCAACUGGUCCUGAGGACGAUGUAGAUAUUGAUCCAACGGUUGUUGCCGCAGACGAAACAAGACAAAGUAUAGCAGCUUCGUCAGAACCAUCCACACCAGUUACCAACAACUCUGAGAGUCCCACCGUUCAUGAUAACCAGAUUGGAUCUGAAGAGAAAGUAUCUCCUGUGUCUUCUACUGAUACCAACCAGACGAGUUCCACGACUACAUCAAGACAGGAUCAGAUCUCUCACUUGUCUUUCAUACUAACAAAAAAUCCUUUAUACAGAUUUAAGUGCAAUGCAAAUGUUGAAAAUACACAAGAACUCACGUCGGCAGUGAAAACGAAGCCGGCCAAACCUCUUCAUUCUACUCCCAAUCCUAUUAAGAAACCACCCGCUCCCAUAGGGCUGUCCAGACCGCAGAUCAUGGGCGAUGGAAGCGGGGAGUUCCCACCAAAGGCUGCAGAAAUGUAUGGUGGAUUCAGUACAAAGGACUCGCACAUACAGAAUCUUCCUUCAUCUCCUGCAUUGCCCAUUGACAAAUCAAAAGCGUUUCAGCCCAGCUCUCCUAGAACUAUACAACACACUACUCUGCCUUGUAAGUCUGUGCCCGGAGCAAAGCAAUUUCUGGAUAUCUGGCCUUCAAAGAAGCACCCCUCAAAAGUCCCCCCAGGUCUUAGUGACACUGAAGCUCUUAGAUACAAGCUGAUAAAGAAACUCAAAGCCAAGAAGAAGAAGCUUGCAAAAUUGAACCAACAGUUAGGCAAUCAGGGGGGAACCUUCCUGUUACCAGACAGCACAGCUCUGACCUCCCCGAGCACGGUUAGUUCCAGCACCUACGAUGGCUCCACUUGUGACGACUUCCUGUCGGAUUUGUUCUCGCCUGCAACUACAGCCAGCAACGUUUCGCCGGACAGCACUGGAUUCUUGGAGAUGCUUGCCAACGGGCAGAACGUACCUGAAACGUUGAACUCUGCGGUCAGCGAUAAUAACAUAGAAUCCCGUACUAACUGUGCUACUAAUGAGCCAGAUCCGGAAAACUUCCUGGAAAUGUUCCUCUCACAGUGCUGUUGAUCUAAGAUAUGAAGCAAGAAAUGCUGGUGUUAAGAGCAUGGUAAAUAAGUGAUUUUAUAAAUCAGGUUUCCUUUUUUUCUGUUUGAAAAUUCACAUUUUUUGGUAUUAUAAAAAAAGUUUUGGAAGUAUUUUUCCCCUCUAGUUUUGUUGGUUUGUUUGUUGAAUCCUUUUUUUUUUUUUUUUUUUAUGAUUCUGCACUUUGUAGUUUAAUUCAUAUGACUAUAGAGAAUCAUUGUUGGUUAAGUAACUUGUGUUGCCAAUAAAUGUUUUACUGUUG